GCAGCGGCGGGCAGGCAGCGGUGGCCGCGGUAGUCGCCUCCCGUCCGCCCGCAGAGCCGCAGCCGGGGGAGCGGCCCCGCCGCCCGGCGCGCAGGAGGAGCGCGGCGAGGAUGGGAGGAGGAAAUCCUGUGAAUGUCAUUGGGGGGCGGAGGGGGAGCGCGGCUGGUGACAAGGCGUCGAGAGCAGACGGCCUCUGCGGGGGCAGCGGGGGCAGAUCGCAUCACAGGCACGCUACAAAGGAGCCAUCCCUGCCAAUGUCAUCUGCCAUCGAGAGGAAGAGCCUCGAUCCUUCCGAGGAGCCGGUGGACGAGGUGCUGCAGAUCCCCCCCUCGCUGCUGACAUGCGGGGGCUGCCAGCAGAACAUCGGGGACCGCUAUUUCCUGAAGGCCAUCGACCAGUACUGGCAUGAGGACUGCCUCAGCUGCGACCUGUGCGGGUGCCGGCUGGGAGAGGUGGGGAGGCGGCUGUACUACAAGCUGGGCAGGAAGCUCUGCCGGAGGGACUAUCUCAGGCUCUUUGGCCAAGACGGCCUCUGUGCCUCCUGUGACAAACGGAUCCGGGCUUAUGAGAUGACCAUGCGGGUGAAGGACAAAGUGUACCACCUUGAAUGCUUCAAAUGUGCAGCCUGCCAGAAACACUUCUGUGUUGGGGACAGAUACCUCCUCAUCAACUCGGACAUAGUAUGUGAACAGGACAUCUACGAGUGGACUAAGAUAAAUGGAAUGAUAUAGCGAAGAGAUGGCUCAUGAUCUAUAAAAGACAUCUCACGGGUGACGCAGACACGUAGCUGCAGUGAGGAGAUAACCACCUGAGCUAUGUGCUUUGUCUAAAGUGGGGGGGAAAUACCACAGAGUAGGCCCUUUUCAGGCAGUGCUACGUAGAAUCUAAACCACAUAUAAAUGAAGAAGGGAGACUGAAGCAAUAGUAGAUAGACUGACCUGCUAACAAAGGCGUAUUGACAAUAACUGACAUCAGCCAGAUAGGCAGGAGCUGAGGAGCAAACACAGUGUGAUAAUGAAUGCUCAUAAAUGGAAAAACAGUAGCGACUUAUGUAAAGAGAUGUUAUGACUUUGUCACCUGCAGACUAGGAUUGUGCAAUUGAUUUUUCUUUUCAACUUGUUUUAGUUACUCAGUUUAGACAACUGCUCCUAAAGUAGACAUGAAGAGGAAUACUGGAAAAAAAGGGCCAGUCCCUUAUGUGGUCAUUUGAUAAGGCCGUAUGUUUUGGAUUAGGAGAGGAAUGGUGAAGAGGGCGGGGGUUAUUUUUGCAUGGAUUUUUUUUUUUUUUUUUUUUUUGUGAGAAUGAAGAGUGCAUCCUCUAGUCCCAAACUGUUCUCCAAAAAAGUCCUGCUGAAUAGUUGUUUUCAGGCACUGCUGUUUCAAGAUGAGAUGUUCCAUAGAUCAUUUCUAUACAAAUAUAAAUCUAAAGAGUUGUUCAGCUAUUUUAUUAACUUAGAUUAUAUCGAUGAAAUAUUUGUUGUGUGUAGUAAAACUCUGCAGCUUUAAUAAAAAUGACAGAAGA